GUUUUGAAUUGCUCCAAUUAAUAAUGGUUUGUUACGGAGAGCUAAUCCCUCCAUAGACCUGGGCGUUCAUGCAUAUCAUGUCUCCGUGUCAGUCCGGCACACAGGAUGAUGGUUUCAUGGACAGCCUGAAGAUUGCGUUCCGAUAUCCAUUAACAGACAGGUGGCGCCAACUGUUUAGUAUUAUUUAUACAGGGGCAGUAUCCCUACCGAAUGUCGUUACUCUAGUCUACUGGACCAUCGUGGUUCCUCAUGAUGUAGUUGAUGUGGGAGACCUCUUCAAUAACGGUGACCUCCAAUCAUUUUGCGUCCUCAACCUGUACUGCAUAUCGCUUGUCGUUGCUCUUAUUGAGCUUUUCUUCUUAUCCAGCAUAAAGCCUCCAGGACCGUUCUUUGUUCACAUCCUCUGGUUCUCGGCCAUCGCAGUAACAUACUACGUCUGGGCCUUUCUUGGCCACAUUAUGACGGGAAAUUACGUGUAUUUCUUUCUGGAUCCUGAAAAAAUCGGGGAGGAGAAUGUUGCCUUUGGAUUGAUUGCGUUUGUCGCGCUGCUAAACAUAUUUUACGGUGUUGCAUAUGGCAUGUCUGAUGCUCGCGAUGCCAUUACAGGCCCACUGGAAAUUCUCGGAACUUUGCAAUUGCCGAAGUAAAUACUUUCUCAAUAGUAAUGAGUCUUUGGUGGGUGUGGUUGGUUUAUGAAAGUCCUUGGGCAGUGUCCGGUGACGGAUCCUGGUUGAAAUGGGAUUAUGGCUUCACUGUGAGUAUCAAAUGGUUUUCGGGC